AUCGUGUUGCUGUGGUGACGGUGGAGAGGAGCUGCUGGAUGAGAGAGACUAGAGGAGGUGGUAGUGAAGCCUGCAGACAGACCAGACAUAGCGGGUCCAGGGCUGACCUUAACGGUAGUGUACCUCUCUACGAGGUAUAGCCUGCAUUAACCCGGGUUAAAGCAGGGAGGGUAUAAAGAGAGGACAAGCGGAAUGAAAGAGGAAUAAAGGAGAUAGCUGAAGGCAAAAGGGAGCGACGUCGCACCGAGGAGGAGACGGGAAGCAAAGAGGAGGAAUUAAAGGGGAUAAAAGCUGAUAAAUAACAGAAGAGAGGAGAGGCAUUAUCACUAGGCAGCAGGCAUGGCAGAUGCAGAGCUGGACUUCCAGACGGGUGAUGCCGGGGCGUCCGCCACCUACCCACAGCAGUGCUCUGCCCUGCGCAAAAACGGCUUUGUUGUGCUGAAAGGACGACCCUGCAAGAUCGUCGAGAUGUCCACCUCAAAGACCGGCAAGCACGGCCACGCUAAGGUCCACAUGGUUGGUAUCGACAUCUUCUCCGGUAAGAAGUAUGAAGAUAUCUGUCCCUCCACCCACAACAUGGACGUCCCCAACAUCAAGAGAAUGGACUACCAGCUGAUCGGGAUCCAAGAAGGCUACCUGUCCCUGCUCCAGGACAGCGGGGAGGUGAGAGAGGACUUGAAGAUUCCCGAGGGAGACCUGGGCAAAGAGAUAGAGAGCAAGCACGAAGCCGGGGAGGAGAUCCUGAUCACUGUUCUAAAUGCAAUGGAUGAAGAAGCUGCAAUUGGCAUCAAAGCCUUGGGUAAAUAAGCCACUGCAGGUAAAUACAGAUCUACAGCUGUGUCGACAUGCAGCUGUCCGCUCAUCCCCUCCCCAGCUACCGCCCGACCCCAGCCUGCCUCAAGAGGAGUGUGUGUGCGUUAUGUAAAACGAUGUGUGUGUGUUUGGGUGUUACACCACAAGCCACCAGCAUGUGCCAUGCCAGUGCGAGUGUGUGUGUGUGUGUGUGUGUGUGUGUACGGUUAAUUGUUCAUCAUUGGACCACCAAGGGAGAGGCAACUCCAGUCAACAAGAUCCAAAAGAAAUGUACAAUUAUGCAUAUCCACUAUACUGGAAAUAGACAUGUUUUUGCAUAUUUUUGUGUGUAUAUAUCUGUUUAAAGUGGACAUAUUAGUGAUCAGCUGAAAGAUUUCUAAUAUACAAACGAAUUCGAUGAGUGUGUUCACGAUUUGAAGCCUGUAUGAAGUGGUGCCACUGUGGAUUUGCCUACCCCUUAAUGUACUUUUUUGUCUCAUGUCACCACUAUUAUGAGCAUGUGUAUAAUUUUUUUUAUGUAGCACUAUCGAAAUAUAAAUGAAAGCUUAUGGUUCAUAUUGUAUUUCUGAAGAAUGUUGUGUUUAAUUCUGUGGGUCGCACUUCAUUUUUACAGCCUGAUCUAGCCUAGUAAGAAACAGCUAUAAGCGUUGUUGUAAUUGUUGGGUCAAACAUGCACUUUCUUUCCUUGCACUUUCUCACCUUUCAAACUGUGGGCUGUAGAAUAAAGCGUCCACGUUAAAUAUGUUUAAAACUGUCGGUUUGUGCAAUGUUUCCUCUGCGGAGGCUAGUUAAAACACUGUCUCAUUAAAAUAUAUGUCUCCCGUGUUUAUUUUUUUUCCUCCUUCUCUGACUUUUCUUUCCUCUUUCUCCUCAUUCUUCCCCCCUUUUGUAAUUCUGUUUCAGGGGCAAACGAGAUGCACUGGACCCGGGGAAAAGGAGGGGAUAUAGCCUCGUCAAUGCUACCUUCCUUUUUUUCCCCUUCUUUUUUGUCUUUGUUUUUCAUACUCUCUCUCCCUCGCUCUGUUUUUUUGGGUUCAAUUAAAAAAUAAUUGGAAAUGUCUAACGCUAAAUAAACAUUGUCUAAUGUUUAAACAUCUGGACAAACAGAUGUUAAUAGAUGAAAAGGUCAGAGGUGAUGACUAAUGAUUGAGUAGGUCUACAAAUAUUCAGUAGCUACCUACCAUCAGGGAAAAGAAAUAAGGUCAUAAUGUCUCGACUGUUGUUUUUAUAUGUUCCCCUGUUUUACGAAGGGCUUCAACUCUGGAUCUGCAUUGUUCUGUUGAGGCUUGUUCAGGGUAUAAUACUAGGUUUCAUCUGUUCCUUUUGGCAAUCUGAACAAGCCCCUCCUGCUGUUUACUUGUCUAUUAAACAAAGGUUACCAACAUGGCACACC